CGCGCCACGGCGGGAAUAGUGGCGGGAGCAGCGGGGCGGAGCGCAGCUGCCAGGCCGCCGCUGCCGCUUCUAGAACGUUUUCCCCGCCACGACUGGCGUGGGAGGAGUCGGCGCUUCGGAAUGGGAUGGGCGGGGCGGGAUGGAAAGUUCCACAGCGCCGCGCGGAGUUUGUGGGAGCGUCAAUGGCGCUGCUGGGCGGGACACCGCCUGGCAUGGGCGGAGUCAGCGGCUGUGGGCGGGGCCUCUGGCGGGCGGGGCGGGCUGGAAGGUUCCGCGGCGGGUGGGCGGGGGAACGAGCGCGCCUGGGCCGUCGCCGUGCCGCCAUGGACUCCCGCAAGCUGAGUGAACUGCGGGCCUUCGUCCGGCUGUGCAAGCAGAACCCGGGCCUGCUGCACACCCCGGAGCUCGCCUUCCUCCGCGAGUGGGUGGAGAGUAUGGGAGGCACAAUACCACCUGCUCCAGCCAAUGCCUCCACACAGGAGACAAGUAAGGACAAAGCAGAGGAGCACCCAGAGGAGCCGGUUAAAUCACCUGAACCAGAAAGUGAAGAGAGCGACUUAGAAAUUGAUAAUGAGGGAGUGAUUGAACCAGACAGCGAUGACCCUCAAGAAAUGGGAGAUGAAAAUGUGGAGGUAACUGAAGAGAUGGCAGAUCAAGCUAAUGAAAAGAAGAUUGAAGCAAUAAAUGCUCUCAGUGAAGGGGACCUUCAGAAGGCUGUUGACUUGUUCACAGAUGCUAUCAAACUGAAUCCGUGUUUGGCCAUCUUGUAUGCCAAGAGGGCAAGUGUUUUUGUGAAGCUACAGAAGCCAAAUGCUGCCAUUAGAGAUUGUGACAGAGCCAUCAAGAUUAAUCCUGACUCGGCGCAGACCUAUAAAUGGAGGGGGAAAGCACAUAGACUUCUUGGUCACUGGGAGGAGGCUGCUCAUGAUCUUGCAUUGGCUUGUAAACUGGAUUAUGAUGAAGAUGCAAGCGCCAUGCUGAAGGAGGUGCAGCCAAGAGCUCAGAAAAUUGCAGAACAUCGACGAAAAUAUGAGAGGAAGCGUGAAGAAAAGGAAAUCAAGGAAAGACUGGAAAGAGUGAAGAAGGCACGGGAGGAGCAUGAGAAAGCACAAAGGGAGGAAGAAGCAAGACGACAGGCAGGAGGAGCUCAGUUUGGUGGCUUCCCAGGUGGCUUUCCAGGUGGCUUUCCUGGGGCUGGAGGCAUGCCAGGAAUGGCAGGUAUGCCAGGUCUCAAUGAGAUUCUCAGUGAUCCAGAAGUUCUUGCAGCUAUGCAGGAUCCAGAAGUUAUGGUUGCAUUCCAAGAUGUUGCCCAGAACCCAGCAAAUAUGUCCAAGUACCAGAGCAAUCCCAAGGUCAUGAAUCUCAUCAGUAAAUUGUCUGCCAAAUUUGGCAGUAAACCGUAAAAUCCCUGGUUCUUAAAAAUCAUAUCUGAAUGGCAAAGAUUGGAUUUGGCUAACCAGUGUUGCAAUAAAACAAACCAUUUUACCUCUGAUCUUCUUAAGAAGAGAAAUGGGGUGUUCUAAGGAGAACUGCUCUCUAGCCCCAAGUAUUGACUUUAUUCAAUUUUUGGUUUAUAGAACUCAAAUUAUAUUCAGAUGACCUAGUUUUCAACCAUCCCUUCUUGUCCAACAGUUGCAACCUUCCAUUAUAAGUAUUACAGACAAUUUUCUCUGAACAUUCUUAUUACAAAUUGUGGUAUUUCAGGAGUAUAAGAUAAAAACAUGCUAUUUUUUAAAUUGCUCUCACUAGGCAAAGGGGAAAGAACUUUAACAACUGAAGUCUGACUUAAUCCCCUUAAUCCCCUUAGAAAAAUAGCAAAGGUGGGGCAAGUCUGAAGAAUUAACUGGAUAAAGGAAUUGUCUGCAAAUACUUUUUUUUUUUUAUGGGUGAUUGACUUUUUCAAGCUAUUAUCAGUAUAAUCAGGCUAGCUAGUUACACACUGGAACUUCUGGCAGUACUGCAAAUACUAAAUCAUUUUGAUCACCACAACUGUGCAGCAAAGGUACAGUUCUACCCUUUGCACAAACUGGCAUGAAGUACAUAUAGCUGAGGCCACACAUGUUUUGUUACUUGUUCAGCUCUUGUCCAGUACCUUUAUGUAACAUUUUAUUUAUCGGUCUGGAUAUGGGAGAGCAGCUUCCUGUCUGUGCUUGUGCUCUUGUCCUUUCCCAGUUGGCAGGCCCUCUGCUGGUUGCACUUGGGGCCAUGCUUACCAGGUUGCAUCUAUUUGGAAACUUUAGGGAAGGAAUUUUGUUCCCAUCACUACCUCUGUCCCACUGAAUGCAAGCCAUCCAGAACAUGUACAUGCAGAGUUACAGAUUGGUGAAGGGGGGAAUACCCAACAAAAUUGCAGCUCUGGGUUCUGAAUUGGUUUGGGUUCUUACAUGCUCACUAAAUAAAAUUUUUUGGUCAAAGUCCUGCUGUCUCUGUAGAGGUGAUGACUCUUUCUUCACCACAUUCUGUAGUCUUCCAUCUCUUCUUGUAGCCUCUUGUUUAAGAAAAAAAUAAAGUAUCUGUUGUUGUGGUUUCACACCUCCAUGGUUUUGAGGCUUGUUAUAAGGAGGAAAAGGUGAAGUAAUUGGAACAGACAGGAUAUUCUUCUAACACAUGCAUUUAUCAGCAUGGGUAUCUUUGAAGCAGUGUCUGUGCUGAUGAUGUUCAGUGGAUUUGGCUACCAAUAAAAGCAGUUGUUGCUUCUGUUUGUCUUGGCUAAAACAUCUUUAUGUGGAAAGAGUGACUAUAGUUACCUGUUCACCCCUUGAGUUUCAAGGUUUAUGUUACUAUUUCGUAGUUCUGUAUCUUAAGCCAUAACUGGUGUUACCAUCUUUAAACAAAUCUGGUUUGAUGUAGGAACUCAACAGCCGUUGCAAAAAAGUAAAUCCCCAAAUGCUUUUUCUCCUACUAAUUACCCUGCACAAGGAAAUGUGAAUCUUUUUGCUUAAAAAAUACAGUUCUGAAUACUUCUUAGCCUUUAAAAAUAAAGUAUGGUUUUGAAAAACACA